CGUGAUCAGCUCCGACCAAUCGCGAGUGUCGUUACAGGCGCAAUGCGGUGGUCGGGAUGUAAGGAGGAAUGGCGACGGUCGAGACGAAGCCGAGUUUGACCAAACAGGAGCGGAACGCAGAUUUCCAGCUGAACUCUUGAAUGAUACAAAGCCCCAAAAUGGAGACUGAAGUGACCUCCUCACCCAGCGUCAUCUCCCCCUCCGCCCCACUCACCACCACCACCACCACAACCUCCUCGACUGGGCAGGCCAACCUGGCAGCCAAACAGGUCGACGGCAGCAGAAAGAGCUCAUCCACCACCCCCGCCUUCCUCUCCAACCUGGGCAGGGCCACGCUGAGGGGCAUCCGCAAGUGUCCGCACUGCGGCGUCUUCAACGGCACCCGCGGGCUCAGCUGCAAGAACAAGGCGUGCGGGGUCUCCCUCCGGAGCGCCACGUCGGUCAGCAAGAAGUGCGCGGUGGAGGUGGUGAAGGUGAUAAUAGACAGUGAGGAGAGAGGUGGGAAAGAGCGGGAGGGCGGAGGUGGAGGAGUGCAGGUGUUUUCGGUGUGUCACAGAGGAAGAGGAGCCACGGCUACCCAACUCGGCUUUGUCGAGCUCGUUCCUACAGAUACCGCUAUCGCGACGGGCGACGGCACCACCCUGCUGACCCGCAUCAGCUUAGGGCGCUGCUUUUUGCCGUCUUGCAGGCAAAGGUCAAACCAGAGCGAGUCAGAAUCGGCGGUGGCGAACUCCAAACAGUCGUCCGACAGCCUCUGCGUCCACAUCAAGCAAGCCAUCGAGUGCCGCAGCUGUGCUACGCCGCUGACGUUAAAGAGCUCCGUCUUGGAGGGCUUGCAGGCCUCCAUUCAAGCCAGGGAGGAGCUGUGGAGGCUGGCCACAGAGUCUCCAGGUCCUCUGGUGCAGCGUGUCUCCAAGGACACCCUGGUGGUGAAGUGCCACACAGAUUCCCAGCAUCCUCUGGGGUUGCUGCACCUCACCGUAGGUGCAGGCGGACUGUCGGAGGUUUUAAAGAGCGAGAAGCGGAGCAGGGAGCAGCAGAAUUCUGUUUUCCACUGUGCCUGUCAGGUCAACAGCAGCAGUGGCGGCGGCGGCAGAAGAAGUAAAGCUGGUGGUGUUGACGGAGCAGCUCACCCUCCGCCCAACUCACUCACAUCCCAGCCCUGCCUUCACUUCUACGCCUGCGUGUGUGCCUUCGCGAGCGACGAGAAACUGGCGUCGGAGUUCGACGCGUUCAUCAACUACACACCCAACGGCGUGCAGCAGAACGCCGCCGCCGCCAACCGAGUGAUCAGUCCGAGCGAGAAGCCUCUUCAGCAGGGCGAGUCGGUCAACUCUCACCAUAAAACUAAGAAACCUCGGCUGGAUGAAUCUCUCUCCGUGGCCUCGCCCUCUGGGUCGGCCUCCGGCCUGAGGAGAGCCGGUCAGAGGAAAGCUCCUGGUGCUGGUGGACUGAAGGCUCCAGGGAGUACCCAGGUUGUGGAUGAGCGUGCGGUGACGAUGGGCUUCCACCAGUGGCUGGCCAGCGUCACGGAGAGGAUCCACCAGACUAUGCACUACCAGUUUGAUGGGAAACCUCAGCCUCUGGUGUACCACGUUCCUCAGGAGUUCUUCAACGCUCUGCAGCAUCGCCUGUCACUCGGCUCCAAGAAGAAGAGGCUGCCCAACUUCACGACAGCGUUUGCGAGAAACGAUGGACUUCCUCACGGCUCUUUCUCCAAGUACACCUGGCACAUCACCAACCUCAUGCAGGUCAAACGCAUCUUUGACACCCCGGAGGUGCCUCUAGAGCUCUUCCAGAGUUUUGUAAAGAACGUCGACGGCUCUUACUCGCGUUUUCGCUGCCCCGAGCCGCUACCUGAACCGGAGCUACCGGAGGGGUACAAGACAGAUCGGCCACAGGCUAUUCGACCGAUGGAGCUCCGCACCUUCCUCAAAGUCGGACCAGGCUCGGCCGAUCAGAAGGAGGCCAGUCCGUUUGUAAUCGAGUGGAUCCCAGACGUCCUCCCUCGCUGUCAGAUGGGAGAGCUCCGCAUCAGCUUCGAAUUCGGCCACCAGCAGAGCGGUCAGCCCGAGUACGGCGAGAAAACGAGCGCGGCGGAGAAAGGAGGUCGCAACAAGACGGACUCGAGCCAACCCAAACUCACAAAGACUGUUGAAAUCCUUCAGGUGGUCGUGUAAUCGCCCAAUCGCCUGUCAGAUAUUACGACGCGUAGACUGUUUGUGACUUAUAUCUGUGUUAUAUUAUGCAAGGUGUGUCAUCUCAAUGCCUUUUCUUUAAGGCUAAAUAUAAAAUGUCAAACUCGUGAAGUGAAAAAAGAAAUUAAAUAUAUUUUUUUGGAAAAAGUAUCUAUUUUU